GGCCGACCUUUUCAGUGUCUUAUAAAUUUCUCCAUCGUCUUCUUCUUCUUCUUCUUCUUCGUCUUCUCUCUGUAAACCCCCACACAAACCUGUGGCCGCUAUAUUCUCCAUUUUCUCAGUAACCAUCUCUGUUUUUUUCUCUGUUUCUCAGAUUAAGUUUCGUGUGUCAAACAGAUCAAAACCCAAACAAUGGUGAGUUCCAUUGUAAAAAUGGAGAACGACGACGUAAUGACUCCGCCAUGGCUAACACCAAUGCUUCGAGCUGAUUACUUCGUGACUUGUUCGAUUCAUUCACAAUCGAGUAAAAGUGAAUGUAAUCUGUUUUGUUUGGAUUGUUCAGGCAAUGCCUUUUGUUCUUCUUGUCUCGCUCAUCACAGAACCCAUCGUGUUAUCCAGAUUCGACGAUCGUCGUAUCAUAAUGUGGUGAGAGUGAGUGAGAUUCAAAAACAUAUUGAUAUCUCUUGUAUUCAGACUUAUGUUAUCAAUAGUGCUAAGAUCUUCUUCUUAAACGCGAGACCUCAAUGUCGAACUGGUAAAAGCUUAAACAAAACAUGUCAGAUCUGUUCUCGUAACCUUCUCGAUUCGUUCCUGUUCUGUUCUCUUGCUUGUAAGCUUGAAGGUGUGAAGAAUGGAGAGGAUCCAAACCUGACUUUAUUUCAUAGUGGAAAGAGUGAUGACUCGUCGAAGAUCAUCAAUACCGGGAUUUGUAGCCGUUUGAUCGACGGGAUCUCGAUUGCGGUUGACGACCAACGCAGCGAAACCGCGGGUGUGUUAUCUCCAGAGACACCUUCAAUAGAAAGCCACCGGAAUUACCCAAUGAAGAGUAGAAGAAAGGGUAUACCUCAACGAGCACCUUUCUAAAAGGCUUUAUGAAAGAGUUAAGAUAUAAGAUAGAAUAUGGGAAGGAUCAGAAAAGAGAAAACAAAAAGUGUUGGUAAAUGACUAAUGAGUAAAUGGAAUCAUCUUACAUAAAUAGUAGCAAGCUUAAUGAUUAUAAG